CCAUAAGGGUGUUCCUAUUUUCCCCCCUUUCUAAUCAAAUCUCUUUUUCUCCUUUCCCAUAACUUCUUUUAUCCAUUUCAUAUAGCUAUGUAUAACCCAAAGUCACCUUCUAGCAAAGACCCUUUGAACAAAACUAUGGAUGAUGAAGAACAGCUACAUAGGUUGCCAACAAUCUCUGAGGCUAUGCAAGAAAUUAAAGCUAUAGGGAAGAUUUCAGGUCCUACAGCUAUUAGUAGUUUACUUUUAUAUUCAAGAGCUAUGAUCUCUAUGUUGUUUCUUGGUUACCUUGGUGAACUUGAGCUUGCCGGUGGGUCACUUGCCAUUGGUGUUGCAAACAUUACUGGUUACUCUGUUAUCUCUGGUUUAGCCAUGGGAAUGGAACCUAUUUGUGGACAAGCUUAUGGUGCAAAACAAUGGAAACUUCUUGGGUUAACAUUACAAAGAACAGUGCUUCUUCUUUUAUCAGCUUCUAUCCCUAUCUCUUUCAUGUGGGCCAAUAUGAAAGCUAUUCUUCUUUGGUGUGGUCAAGACCAAGAAAUAUCAUUAGUGGCUCAUGUAUUUAUUGUUUUUUCAAUCCCUGACCUUUUUUUCCUUUCACUUUUACAUCCACUUAGAGUCUAUCUUAGGACUCAAAGCAUUACAUUACCAGUAACUUAUUGUUCAGCCAUCUCAGUGUUACUUCAUGUUCCAUUGAAUUUCCUUCUUGUUGUUUAUCUUAAACUUGGUGUAGCAGGGGUAGCAAUAGCUAUGGUGUGGACGAAUCUCAAUGUCUUCCUUUUGAUUUCUUUAUUUGUAUACUUUUCUGGUGUAUAUAAAGAUUCUUGGGUAACUCCAAGUACUGAUUGUCUUAGGGGAUGGUCAUCGUUGCUCGCUCUAGCUUUGCCGACUUGUGCGUCUGUUUGCCUCGAAUGGUGGUGGUAUGAACUCAUGAUAUUGCUUGGUGGCUUACUUGUUAACCCCAAAGCUACUAUUGCUUCAAUGGGGAUCCUUAUUCAAACAACAGCUCUAGUCUAUUGUUUCCCUUCAGCUUUAAGCGUUGGAGUAUCCACAAGAGUUGGGAACGAACUCGGUGCAAACCGACCUGGAAAAGCUCGUAUUUCCAUGAUCGUUUCGGUCUUUUGCGCCGUAGCUAUCGGUCUCUCAGCGAUGCUAUUCACCACCUUGAUGAGACACCAAUGGGGUAAGUUCUUCACCAGCGACGCAGAAAUCCUCGAGCUUACAUCAGUCGCAUUACCAAUCGUGGGGCUUUGCGAGCUCGGGAAUUGCCCUCAGACAACCGGUUGUGGGGUCUUAAGAGGCACCGCCAGACCAACCAUCGGAGCCAACAUAAACUUGGGUUCAUUUUACCUAGUGGGGAUGCCGGUAGCUAUCCUAAUGGGGUUCGUGAUUGAACUGGGGUUCGCCGGGCUUUGGCUCGGCUUACUUGCUGCUCAAGCAACCUGUGCAUUACUCAUGCUAUUAGUCCUUUAUAGAACAGAUUGGAUGGUUCAAGUAGAAAGAGCCAAAGUCCUCACACAAACCACCACUAAUAGCAACAAACACCAACCCCCAUUGCCCAUUUCAAGUAAACAACAUGAUCAAUAUGCCAAGGCUGAUCUUGAAGGGAUAAUGUCCAUUAAUGAUGAUAUUGUGAAGUCUGCUUCAAAUGAAAAAGACCCUCUCUUAUCUAACUCACUCAGUACAGAUACUGAGCAUUAAUUUCAGUUCCAUUUUUGGCCCCUCCCCCACCAUCAUAGAAAAACACUGAUAAAAAACACAGUUCCCACUCUAAUUCUCUAUUGUACCUUGUUUAACUAAAUUUUCAUUUGUAAUUUUCUUCAUUUUUCUUUAUAUUCCUCCAUGUUAUAUGAAAUAACAAAUGUAGUAGUGAAUAGUCACCACGUUUACUUCUUUCUCUUUA